AUGAAUUUAAAUAUCAAUAUCAAUAGUCCUUUAAUUGAAGAAUUCAAAAGCAUAUUAAAUUAAACAGAUCCAAUCUAUGACCAUCUUGAUUAUGAAUAAAUUCAAAUAAUAACAAACGAAAAGUAUUCGUUGAUAAUAGUGACAAUUAAUUCUCACGAAUCUUAAGAUCAAAGAAUUGAAAUGGCUGAAUAAUUAGUCGAUCAUUAAAGGAUGAUUAAUUAAAGGUUAAGAAACCUUGGUUUAAAUGGGAUUUUGGUGGAUAUUAUCAAGCACGAGAUUAUAAGUAAAGAUGAUUAAGUAUAUAUAAUCUGCAAAACAAUGAGACUGUCAAAAUAGAAAGGUCAAGUGAAUUUAGGUCUAGCCAAUUGCAUUGAAUUUUAUACAGGUUUAGAGCUGAAGGGGGUUCGCCCAUAAAUAGUAAUGCACAUUGAGGAUUUGGGUAUGAAUAAAAUAAUACCCUUCACUUUUCUGGGGAGUAUUUUAAAUGAAGACAAUUAUGAAUAUUAAGCCUAAGUGGAAUCAAAUGGUUAAUUGGAUUAGAAUUCCAAUGGUGUUCACUCUUAAAAUUAAUCUGCGAUAGUAAUUAUAUACAAUGAACAACUUGUUUAAUUCAAAUAAUUGAGUGAGAUGAAAGAUAUUCAUAUUUUAAAGUAUUUGGAAUUAACUUCUGGUGUAAAAAUAAGUGAUGUUCUAAAGAAAAGCAGUACAAGUGUUGUGAAUGAUAGAAUUCAUUACCUAAACUAAGAUGGGGAAACGUUUGGAAUUGGUGAUGUUGGAGAGAGAGGAAAUGUAGAAUUGAAUAUUAAGAUUAAAUAAUAAUGCUAUGUAUUCACAGCAGAGUGGAAUCACCUGAAAGAGUUGAUUGUAAUUUAUUUAUGAUUAAUGAGAAUUAAAGAAUAGAUGGAUAGUCUUUUGAGUAACUUCCGAAUAAUUUGUUUACUCCUAUAGAUAAUGCUAUCUUGAGACAUUUCAACCAUUAUGAGUUUGAUUAAAGAGGGUAUUCAUUAAUAAUAAUUGUCUAAGUUCUUUAAUAUUUAUAAAUUGCACUCAUAAAGGGGAUGUGAAAAACAAAGUUAUAAUAAUAAAUAAAUAGAUUAAAAGAUAAGUUUGGUUCAUUGCAUUGAAAACUCUACUUACAAUUCUGUAAAUCAAUAUAUAUAAUGCUAUUUAUUAAGAUUAGAAAUUGUAUCUAAGGACCUUAUGCAAAUUAAAUCAAAAGAUUCCAAUUCUGCAAGUAGAAAUACAAGCUGAUCUGAAGGAAGAAGACUUUAAUCUAAUUUUGGAUUAGUGCAAUUUGAAUCCUCAUUUAGAAUCAUUCAUUCUUGAUGGUUCCACGUUUAAAGAUGCAAUUCUUUCUGGUCUAAUUUAAGGAAACAAUCUUAAAAGCAUUAAAGAAUUAAGUUUUAAGGGAUGCCCAAAUAUUACUGAUGAAGGCAUUUCUCUAUUAUAAAAUUUUGGAGUCUAAAAAUUGGAUUUAUCUUACACUUAAAUAUACCUAUCAAUACCACAACAUUUAUAGAUUUUAAAUAUUUCUUAUAGCAGAUUCAAAGAAGAAACAUUGUUGCAAUUAUUUAGAGAUAAAUCAUUAGUGAAUCUAAUAUCCAUAAACAUUAGUGGAUUAGCAUCGGAUAAGCUUAUUUAAGUAAUUUUUAGUUGUCAUUACAAAGAACUGAGAGUUUUAAUUGCUAAUGAAUGUAAGUUAUCCUUGUCUGUAUUUCAUCACAUUCAUGAUUCUAAACAUGUGAAAUAGUUGGAUCUAUUGAGUUUUCAAGGAUCAAUCACAGAUGUUGAGGAGAGCAUCUUUAAAAAAAAUGGAUAUGCAUUGUUGGGAGCAAGCAAAACUAAAAUUAACAAGUUGGAUCUAGCCAAUUGCUAUAUAAACGAUAAAUUGAUUUAAUCCAUGGUUGAAGCUGGGAAAUUACUGAAAAACCUUAGAGCAAUAUCCUUAUCUGGAUGUAGAUAUAUAUCUGAUAAAUCAAUAUAUGUAUUGUGUGAUGCUCAUUAUACAUCAACAAGUCAAUUAAAAAGCUUAGACAUCUCUAAUUUACCAUAAAUAACCGAAUCCUCAUUGGAAUACUUAACAAAUAAACCUCUGAAGAAUUUAUCAGAUUUGAAUCUGGCCUAUUCUACUUAAAUUUAAGCAGAACACCUGAAAAAGGCUUUUGAUACAGGAAAAUUUAACCAAUUAAAAUACCUAGGAAUUAGUGGAACAAGUGAAAGUGGAGGAUAAGCAGAUAUAUUCAAAUUUAGUAUACCAGAAUUGUGCACAUAUUAUAUCAGAAAUCACUUAUCUGAAAUUUAACUAAUAGAAAUUUAUACAUCAACAAAACAUAUUUAAAAUAUUUCAACAGCUGUCUUAAAUUUGUUGCAAACUUAAAUUCUCACAAAGAUAGUUACUCCAGAUUAAAUUAUUUUAGAACCAGAAACGCAUGAUUUGUUUAAGAGUAGUUUGGGAUGUGAAAGAUUACUUCUCAAUAACAAACCACUUUAAUUAGACAAUUAAGAUAAAUUUGGAUAAUUAGACUAACUAACAGCAAAUCAAUUUUAUGAGAAAUUACUCAAAUAGCAUCAGAAUGUAAUUAUUAAUAAUACAGAAAUUAAAUAUAUAAGAUUAAUGUACAAUUUUUAGACAAUUAAGAAAAUUUGUUUUAAAAAAACUGAAAUACUUGAUAAAGAUAUCUUAGGCAUUUGUUAGAAUCUGACUUUAUAGGAAAUCAAUAUCAAAAACUGCAAAAAACUAACUUUUAAAAGUUUGAUUUACCUAUAAAAGAUUUCAGACACUUUGAUUAAUAUAGAUUUUAGAGGAACUAUAUUUGAAAAUUUAUAUGGAACAUUAAAAUAACUACAAUACUUUCCUUAGCUUCUGUACUUAAAUGGGGGAAAAUUAAAUAUUCAAAUGUAUUCUUAUUAAUAUUAAAAUUAGUAUAAAUAUAAAUGAAACAAAUCAUGUCAUACAAGAAUUAAAACACUUACCCUCAUUAUGGAUGCAAUUAGAAUAAAUUAGAUCCUUUAAAUUAAAAAUACGAGCUCAUUAUAUUUAAACCUUUAAAUUUAUCUUUAAAACUCUUUCUUUAAUACUCAAUAAAAAUUAGGAUCUAAUUGCAUAAAUGUCUUUGCAACUAUAUCAGUUUAAAGUCAUAUAAGACAAAUCACUUUAGUUGUUUCAUAACAGUUUAUUAAAUUUAAGAUUUCUGUAGCAUUUUCAUCUUGGAUUUUAAAGGUUUUAUAUUGAUUGUAUAUUUGUAGCAUGAAAAAUAUCUCACUUUUAACAUUAAAAAACAUGAUUAUAAGUCUAUCUAGUUUAGACUCUUUGAAAUCACUUUCCAUCAGUUUGGAUGAGUAAGAAAUCUGUUGAUAAUUUAGUUGUGAAUUAUAAUUUGUAGAUGAAGAUCUAUUUUUGGCAUCCACUAUAUUUGAAGGAAUAAGAAAUAUGAAAUUAUAAAAUUUCAGUUUCUCAUCCAAUGACACAGUCACAUAUGAUCAAUCAAUCUUUUCUAGUCUAUUUAAAUUUAUGUCUGAGAAUGACACCUUAAAAUAAAUUAGUCUGAGUUUUCAAAGGUAAAUAGUUUUUGUAUAACAUUCAGACAUGCAAUAAGCAGGGAAAACUUAUCAGAACUAUUCUAAACCUUAAAAGAAUUGAAUUUGUAAAGGUUAAGCUUAAACUUUGAAUAAAGUGAAGUUAAAUACACAAGACAAAUCUGGGCAGAAUUAUUGGAGGUCCUGAGAAUGAAUUAUAGUUUAUUGCAUCUAGAGCUCAAUUUUAAUCACACAUUUGAGUUGACAGAUAUGGACAUUCUAAAUAUUAUAGAUGAACUAUAUUGCAUGAAAUUGACUACAUCAUGUGUGUCAUUGAUAGGGUAUUUUGGAUUUUAUUUUCUAGUUGCUAUCAUAAUGAGAAGAGUAUAAAAGAAUUCACAAACGAAGAUGUUAAAAAUUAUUAAUUUUUUAUAUGA